AAGAAGAUGGCAGCAACUAAAGGCAAAGCUGGACUACAUAAUGAAAGCCGUUCUGGUCGGGAUAGUGGCAGGACAGACGCAGGCAGUCCCACGUUAUCCGCAGGGGCCGCAUCCCUGACCACCCUCAGGACCUACACACUAGAUGACCUGGACACUAUUGCCACUGUUGGUACAGGAACCUUUGGAAGGGUUUUUCUGGUGAAGGAUAAAAAGACAAGAGGUUUCUUUGCUCUGAAAGCGAUGAAAAUCCCAGAUGUGAUUCGCCUGAAGCAGGAGCAACACGUACAUAAUGAGAAAGAGGUUCUGACGGAGGUGAACCAUCCUUUCCUUGUCAGACUGUUCUGGACGCACCAUGAUGAUCGUUUCCUGUACAUGUUAAUGGAAUAUGUGAAUGGUGGUGAACUCUUCAGCUAUUUACGCAGCCGAGGGCGUUUCAGCAACAGCACUGGAAUGUUUUAUUCAGCUGAAAUUGUAUGUGCCAUUGAAUACCUUCACUCCAAAGAAAUCGUCUACAGAGAUCUGAAACCAGAGAAUAUACUGCUGGACAGUGAGGGGCACAUUCGACUGACAGAUUUUGGGUUCGCAAAAAAGCUCUCAGAAAGGACAUGGACUCUUUGUGGUACUCCUGAGUAUUUGGCUCCAGAAGUGAUCCAGAGUAAAGGUCAUGGUCGAGCCGUGGACUGGUGGGCUCUGGGUAUUCUCAUCUUUGAAAUGCUUGCAGGGUAUCCACCAUUUUUUGAUGAUAAUCCCUUUGGCAUCUACCAGAAGAUCCUGGCUGGAAAGCUGGAGUUUCCGCGGCAUCUGGAUUUCUAUGUAAAGGACCUAAUCAAGAAGUUUCUGGUGAUUGAUCGGGCAAGAAGGCUUGGAAACAUGAAGAAUGGAGCUGACGAUGUGAAGAAGCACAGAUGGUUUAAGUCAGUAGACUGGGAUUCUGUGCCCUGUAGAAAACUCAAGCCACCCAUAGUUCCCAAGGUGUCUCACGAGGGUGACACGUCUAACUUCGACACCUAUCCAGAGGAUGAGUGGAAGAAGGACACACCAGUGCCAGCUAAGGAUUUGGAAAUUUUCAAGAACUUCUGAGAGGAUAUUCUUUUGAAUGAAUAAAACGACAGGACUGAUGGAAGAUAAUGAUGUAGAGCUGAAGUUUUAGCCUAACCAUUCAGGAGACAUUAAAAGGUCAUAGUUGCGUUAUUAUUAAAGGCAUGUCUUGCCUGCUUGUCCCUGAGUCCUGCACACUUGAGAAACAGAAACAGACUUCUUCUGGACAUCAUUAUUGUCAUCAUAAUCACGAUCAAACGUUUACCAAGGAAACAGUUCAUCACUUCAACCUCUUGUAAGAUGAGCAACUUGAUUCAACACCCUCUGAGUCUCUUAUAUUAUGCAAAAGGAAUUUUUUUAAAUAUUAUUUUAAAUAAGCAAUAUCAAGGUUCUGUUUAAGGUUCUUUUUGCUGGAUCAAGACAAUGUUCUUGCUUAUGCCUAAAUGUCUAUGGUCAUGGUUUUGUUUUGAAUUUAUACCUUAAAAAAUUUGCUGAAUUAGAGCUUUAAGCCUGACAAAUUUUCUUUCUGGUUAUCUGAACUUGCUGUGUUGAUCCUUUCCUCCCACAUGUUAUCGCUAUAUUAAUUUCAUAACAUUAGGCCUGUUUCACACUGCACUAGCUGCGACAAUGUGCUUUUAUACGGGCAGCAUUUCUCCUGCGUAACAAACCCGCCAGUCUAUAAAAAAAAAAAAAUAUUCAAAAUAAAUAAUGGCAAUUAAUUUUAAAAUGGUCAUUCAUAUUUGAGACUACAAAAAUGUAUAGUCUGAAAUGUAAUAUACAUGUCGUUGUAGAUUGAUCCAAAAAGUAAUUAAUUUACAGAAUCCAAACUCCAGACUGUAGCGAUAAACUGUCUCUUGGAUUCAUUCAUAUUUACUGAACAGAAAGUGCUGCUUGUGUGUGUGUGUGUGUGUGUGUGUGUGUGUGUGUGUGUGUGUGUGUGUGUGUGUGUGUCUGUGUGUGUGUGUGUGUGUGUGUGUGUGUGUGUGGUUGUGUGUGUGUGUUUUCCAAAUAGCAGAUAAAUAGUUCCAUCCCGUAUUUUAAUUGAAUACUGUAACCUGUUGUUAUUGUAUGUAAGCCCAUUUCUGUCACAAGAAAAAAAAAAUGCUUUGGUAUAUCAAUUAUUACAUACAAAGUCGGGAAAAUGCAAAUUAUGAGUUAUGAAUUAUGAGAUGUCAAGUAAUUUUUUUUUUUUUUGUCAUAAUAAUGACAAUUAUGUAUCUCAGUUUUUAGUUUGAUGAGGUACAAAGUUAUAAUUUGACGUCAAAAUUAGUGUAAAGUUUUUAUUUAUUAUCAUUAUUUAAAAGUCAAAAUUAUGACUAUAAGUGAUUAUAAUUUAAAAUUGAGAUUAAAAUGUCAUGACUCUAAAUUUCAACUUGUUUCAUAUGUUCAUCUCAAUGUGAGAUUUUAGCCUUUUUGUCAUUUGUAUUUUUAUCUCAAUUUCUACUUUUAUGUCAUAAUUAUGAGUCAUAAUUUGGGCUUAUCAAAUUGACUUUUUAUCUCAUAAUUUCAACUUUCUGUUGAAAUUUUAUUUAUAAAAAAAAAAAAAGUUUUAUUUCAGAAUCCGUUAAGUAGUAAGUAAUAAUUUUGACUUUUUAUGUCAUAAUUUUGUUUUCCAAAGAAUUAUUUUUAUUUUUAUGUAGUGGAAAUGGGCUCUGAUAGAUAAGGGCACCAAAAUAAAUGCACACAGGAUUCGUCUGCAGUGUGAAACAGAAUGUGUUUUUGUGUUCUACUGAGCUGCUUUAAAUUAUUUUUUUUCUGUGUAAAUGUGCACUAUAGACAUGUUUGACCAUUGUGCUGCGUCUCAAUUGUUUAUUUUUGUAUAUGAGCACCACAUUUUUAAGGCAGGUUAAAUUAGUUAAAAAUAAGUACAACUUGAACCCUGCCUUCUUUUCCAUUCAUCAGUGUUACGGCUCUGCAGUUAUAUAUUAUUGUGCAGCAUCUCAAGUGCAAAAGCGCGGUUUGUGUGAACGGCCCCAAGAAUCCAAAGAGCUUUUGAACACAUUCCUGUCAGGAUGUCAGACUAAGAAUACCAGAUGAAGUAGAGCUGCAGUAGCAUUUACCUAAUCAAGCAUGACCUCACAAACCUGUAGGUAACUAAUAAAUUAGCAUUAAUGCUUGUAUUAUGAGAUGCCUGUUCAAAUACUUUAGCUGUUGUGCUUUAUGAUGUUCUAUAUGUGUUUACUUAUUGGUUAAGCGCAUAAACGAUUUACUAGCCAGGUGUUUUCUAAAGUUGCCUUGCAUAGGUGAAUUUAGCAAACACAGUUUACAUUGCUUUGGAAUGCUUCUAAAUAUAUGUUUGGCAUUUAAAAGCCUUGCAUAAUGGGAAGAGAACUAACUAUGGUGUGAAAUGCUUUAGAAAUGUAGCUACUGUGUGUAUGUUCAAAACGACUCUUCUGUUUCUGGGCUUCCAUAGUUUUUCUUUUGUCUGAAGCAGUAAUCUAUCAUUGGAAAGUCUACUGAAUAUCAUUUAUUUGAUAUCAUCUCUUGAAAUGACUGUUCUUUUUAAAUUGCAAAUGCAGUUUUAUACUAAGGAAACAAACAUGCAGAUUUCACAUGGACUUGACAGCUGUUACCAUCUUUUUUUUUUUUUUUUUUUUUUCCUGUGUGAAAAAUUGUUUGAGGUAUUUUUAAUUUUUUGUGUUCUUUUUUACUCUUGUUUGAGAAAAAAAAAAGUAUUUUAUAUUGUUUGCAACAGCAAAAACUAAAAUGAAGUUCUAUGAACUGAAAAAUUGACCCAGCAUAGGAUUUUAUACUGGUUUUUAAUCACUUUUCUUUAUUUUAUUUUUUUUAUUAUUUUUUUUUUUUAAGUUUACCGGUGCUAUCAUUUUAUUGCCUUCUGAACAUUUAUGGUGUAUUUUAGAUGGUACGAGUGCAAUGUUACCUGCAACCAAGUUGUUAUAAAACAUGAGAAAAUCUGCAAAUUCUGUGUCCAUGAAAAUAAACUGAACUUUUCAUGUGGGCAAAA